AUGAGCAAAAGAGCUGCUGAAGAGAGCAAUUCAGGCACCAAGAAGAAAUAUCGGUUUUCAACAGGAAUCCUUGAGCCGUGUGUGUCUGGUGUCUACGCAACAUGCUCUCGAAAACGUGAGAAGCAAGCAGCACAAGAACUUGCGAAUCUGUUUCAGGAAAAGCUGGAGGAAUACUAUGGCGAUGAUGCUUUAAAUAACAAUGAGGACACUGAGCUUGACAAAGAGCUGUCGGUGGAAGAACAGAUCAACAAAGAACUGGAAACUCUCAAGGCUCAGAAAAGCGAUCCAAAAAACAAGGAAAUUCUGAGGUUUGUUGAUCUCAACUGUGAGUGUGUGGUGUUCUGUAAAACUCGCAAGCCUGUGGUUCCCGAAACGUUUGUUCACAAAAUCAUGAAGGAGUUUGCUGACCCAAACGUGAAACACAAAAGAACCAGAUACAUCCAGAAGUUAACCCCUGUGACGUUUUCGUGCAACGCGUCUCUUCCAGAACUUACGAAAUUGGCACAGCAGGUUCUCAAACCUCACUUUCACGAGGAGGGGAUCAGACCUCUCAAGUUCGCGGUCGAAGUCACACGCAGGAACUUCAACACGAUAGAGAAGAUGGACAUUAUUAACGCAAUUGUCAGGGAGGUCGGUAAAGAUAGCGAGGUGGCGCACACUGUAGAUCUAAAAAAAUACGAUAAACUUGUGUUAGUUGAGUGCUUCAAAAACAACAUCGGUAUGUCGGUGGUAGACAGCGAUUAUCGUGAUGAGCUCAAAAAGUACAACGUGCAGCAAGUUUUCGAAGUGAAGAUUGCAAAGAACUCAGAAGACAAUCACAAGGGUUCUCCUACUAAAAAAUAA